CUGGUGGAAGCUCAUGUCAAUUAGUUGAGUAGCCAAAAGCUGUCGGUGUCAGUUUGCUGCGAGAAAUAACAGAAAGGAAAGUGUGAGUAAGGCAAUCCUAUGCACUAGAGCGGGUUAUCCGCAAACUUCCUGUUUUAUCAACGGAAUUGAAACGAUUUAUAUCUGAAUUGUUGCAGAUCUAAUUUGACUUCAGACUGGCACAUGAAACCGCGCCUCUUUUUCAAGUGCUGAGUUCUUGUCCGGUGUGUUGUGCUUCGGUUGUGAUCUGACAGCUAUGAGAGUCUCGUCGAGCAACAUUGCCGCUGGUAGAAUUUGUUGAGAAUACAAACAUUACUUGGAGUAUUGUUUAUUAUAAUUUAUGCACAAAAUGGCGGAAGGUCGGAAGGAGAGUGGACUUGAUGGAUCUGAGUUACUUGAGGAGCCUGAGCCAGUUGGUGAUUCCCGCAAAGCUUGGGACACAACGGAAGAAGACUUGGAAACUGUUGGAGCAGCGGUGGCCAGCGGAAAGGGCAGGAGGAGGCGAAGUGCCGUUUCAGCGGCUGGAGAUCGUUUCAGUCCCGGAGAAUCUACGUCCUUGGGAACAACAGGAGAUGUAGAAGCUUGUCUCAUUGAGGCUGCCAAAGCGACACCCCGCAGAAGUAGCAUCAUUAAGGAUUCUACAAAACAGAAGCACGAACAGAAGAAAACUGUAUCGUUCAGUAGCAUGCCUUCUGAAAGGAAAAUUAACAAUGCCAGUGACUGUAUCAGCUUCAUGCAAGCUGGCUGUGAGUUGAAGAAAAUACGUUCAAAUACUCGAAUCUAUAGUCGCUUUUUUACUUUAGAUCCUGACCUUCAGGCUUUACGUUGGGAACCUUCCAAGAAGGAUCCUGAAAAGGCUAAACUUGAAAUUUCUUCUCUUAAAGAGGUCCGAGUUGGAAAAAACACAGAGAUUUUCAGAAGUUGUGCAGUUGUGGAUCAGAUUUGUGAAGACUGUUCAUUCUCCUUAAUAUAUGGAGAAAACUAUGAGUCUUUGGAUUUGGUAGCCAGUUCUGCAGAUAUUGCUAAUAUCUGGGUUACAGGCCUCCGUUACGUCAUUUCACAUAAUAAGCAAACAUUGAAUUUGAUAGAUGGGAGCCAGAAUACGCUCAGGACCACAUGGCUUCAUUCUGUGUUCAGUGAAAAUAGUAAAGCCAGCAAUGGAAUUAUGUUGGAAGAUGAAGCUGUGAAGUUGAUAAUGCAACUCAAUCAUGGUUUAAAAGAAUCAAAAAUCAGAAUUAAAAUUAGAGAGUUACAAAGUAAUAAAGGGAAACUAGCUACCUGGGUAACAAAGGAGGAAUUUACUGACAUUUACUAUGAUCUUUGCACAAGGCCUGAGGUAUAUUUCUUGCUUGUGCAAAUUUCUAGGAAUAAAGAAUUUCUGGAUGCCAAAGACUUGAUGUUUUUUUUAGAAACUGAACAAGGAAUGAUCAAUGCAACUGAAGAAAUGUGCCUUGAUCUUAUACGGAGGUAUGAGCCUUCAAAGCAAGGUCAGCUGAAUGGUAAUCUCAGUAUUGAUGGCUUUACUCGGUAUCUGAUAUCACAAGAAUGCAAUAUAUUUGAUCCAGAGCACAAAAAAGUCUGUCAAGAUAUGACUCAACCUCUAUCCCAUUAUUAUAUCAAUGCAUCUUAUAACACCUAUGUUACAGAAAACACCGCUAGAAGCCCUUCUGAUCUGCUUGGAUAUAUUAGGGCCUUAAAGUUGGGCUGCAGAAGUAUUGAACUUGAUGUAUACGACGGUCCACAUGAACCAGUUGUCAGUAAACGCAACAAUGUGACCUCACCAGUCAGCUUCAAUAAUGUCAUUAAAGUAAUUAAUCAGUAUGCCUUUGUAACCUCCGAGUACCCUUUGAUUAUAUGUUUGCGAAAUCACUGUUCAGUAGGGCAACAAAAAGUCAUGGCACAAAAACUGAAAAUGAUCCUUGGAAACAAAAUAUUUACUGAACCACCAAAUUCAACACAAAGGUACCUCCCAUCACCAGAGAAGUUAAAGAGGAAAAUUAUCUUGAAGGGAAAGAAAUUGCCGCAAAACAUUGACUUAGCUGAAGGUGAUGUGACAGAUGAAGAUGAAGAAACAGAAAGUUCCCAAAGCUUAACAGAUACAUUUUUUGUUACUAAGCGGAUUAUUCAUCUAUGUAGGGAGCUCUCUGAUUUGGUUACUUUAUGUAAAACUGUACAAUUCAACAGUUUUCAUAAUUCAAUGAAGAGGCAGAAAUAUUGGGAAAUGUGUGAUUUUGGUGAAGGUGAGGCACGUGCAUUGGCAAAUGAAUAUCCAGAUGACUUUGUGAACUACAAUAAGAGAUUUCUGUCACGAGUGUAUCCUAACAAUUUUGGAUUUGAGUCAAGCAAUUUGAAUCCACAAGAAUUCUGGAAUUGUGGCUGCCAACUGGUAACCAUCAAUUAUCAGACCCCUGGUCCAAUGUUGGAUCUUAAUGUUGGUUGGUUUCGACAGAAUGGGUGUUGUGGCUAUGUCCUACGCCCUGCAGUUAUGCGUGAUGAGGUGUCCUACUUCAAUGCAUAUAUUAAAGGAAUAGUUCCCGGAUCCUUACCUCAGCUUCUACAUGUAAAGAUUAUUAGUGGUCAGAUGUUUCCAAAGCCAAGAGGUUCUGGAACAAAAGGAGAUGUCAUCGAUCCAUAUGUGUAUUUGGAAAUCCGCGGCAUUCCUGCAGAUUGUGCAGAAGUGAGGACAAGGACUGUUCAUUUAAAUGGAGAGAAUCCCAUUUUUGAUGAAAGUUUUGAAUUUGAAAUCAACCUGCCUGAGCUUGUAACACUCCGAUUUGUUGUUUUAGAUGAUGACUACAUUGGAGAUGAAUUUAUUGGCCAGUACACAAUCCCAUAUGAGUGUUUACAGUCGGGCUAUCGGCAUAUCCCUUUACACUCAUUCACUGGGGAAGAAAUUGAGCUUGCUACACUUUUUGUUCACAUUGCAAUAACAGACCGAAGAGGUGGGGGAAAGGCUCACAAACGUGGAUAUUCUGUCAGAAAAGGAAAGAACACAAUAAAAUACACAAUGUUGAGAAAUACUGGGAUCAAGGUUGUUGACGAUGCGUUUAAAAUUGCAGGCCAACCAUUACGAGAAGCUGCAGAUAUACGAGAAAAUAUGCAGAAUGCCAUAAUCUCGUUUAAGGAAGUAUGUGCCUUAGCUCCUACUGCCAAUCUGACUCAGUGCAUACUGACUAUGUCAUCAAGAUUAUUGAACAAUGUCAACACUUCUACAGUAACACUCAACAUGAAGGACAAAUACCCAUAUUUGGAACCAAUUGGAACACUAUCAGAUGUACAAAAGAAGAUUUUGUCAUCAUAUGACCUGGUGAUACAUGAAGCAAGGUACCUGAUUGAUGUUGCUGACACUAUAUAUGACAAGAUCAUGCAGUGUUGGAAGUCAGGACUUGAAUUUCAUAGGGGAAUACAUGGUUUAGCGAAAAAGGAGGGUUUGAAGGGAGCCAAGAUAAAUAAAGCACUGGAAAAUUUUGCAUGGAAUAUCACCGUAUUGAAGGGCCAAGGGGAUUUACUGAAAAAUGCUAAGAAUGAGGCACUGGAAAACAUGAAGCAAAUCCAAACUGCUUGUGUCUCAUGUGGACUGAGCAAGUCAACAAGUGGAAGUGCAUCGAUCAAAUCCAAAUAAAGCCUUCAGGAAAUACAGAAAAAGAAAAUAGAGGAUGGAAUGAAAGUCCUCAUAAUUCCAACGCCAGACUCAGUACCUUGAUGAUGGAGUCAGAACUACUGCUAGUAGUUAACAACCAAGUUGUUAUUUCCCUGGGUGAUACUGAAAAUACUAACAAAACCUUUAAAAAGUACAAAUUUUAUGGCAUAUACCAUAAUAAAAUAAUUCAAGGAAAAAUAUAUUAAAGCAAUAUAUCUAACAUUCAUAUAAACGCCUUUGAACUUGCAUUUUUGGCCCAUUUAAAAGAAAGGAUGAGAACAGGAACUACCAAAAUCACAAUCAGCAUGCACGUUCCUUUAUGUUUUUCAUAGUUAUUAUGCAUGUAUUAGCUUUUAAAUACAUUUUAAUAAGAACAAAAAUAUUUCACUGUACAUUUUUGUUAUGCAUAACAGUAUUUUUUCUGUUGUGAGGCUUUUGUAUGUAAAUGCUGCUUUUAUUUUAAAACAACUGCUCAUAUAUAUGUUGGGGACAUCUUUCAAAAUAUAUUCUGAAAUGUCCUACUCACUCACUCUGUACACAGCUGAGGAACAAAGUCAAGCCUGGAUUCCGUAAUCAGAAAGCCUCAAAUAUAAAAGAAAGGUUUACCAAAGUAGAGCAAAAUGAUUUGUUUAAUAGAUUAACUUCUGAGGAAUAUAGAUAUCACUUUGUGACAAAUACAAGUUGUAACUAACUUAAGAUUUUCAGUUGUUUUGCUGAAAUUUAUGAAAAAAGCAAUGUUCUACAUUGCUGUUCAUCCUCUCAAUUUUCAGGUGCUUACUCACUCUGCAAAAUUUGCAUAUUCAUCAAUGCCUUACCAGUCUUUCCAGUGAUUAUCUGAGAGAUACAGGAACCAGAAAGAUCCUUGGUUGGUGCUGGAUUACCCUAUGUCAUCCAGCAUCUUGGAGUGAUAAAAUUGGCCAGAGUUCACACUAUCCAGUUACUCUUUCUAGAAGGUGAAGACAGUUUGUGGGAAAAGUAUCAACAUCAAUUGAAUGCAUUUAAGAGUAAUAUAGUCUGCCUAUCAUCAAGUGCCAUACAGCAAAAGAUAGUUAAUUGGCUGAGGCAGAAAGAAAUUUCCAUAAAUGUCUUCAAGGGUGGAGAGAAAAGAAGGAAAUUCAACAUGGAAAAUAUAUUGCAUGAGCUGUUUUUGCAGAUGUAUGAUACAUAACGGAUAUUUGCGAAAGUUGACCUUGCACUUGCAUAUGAAGUUUCAAAAUAAUUUGUUUCUUCAGAGGAGUAAGCAUUUAGUCACUCAAGACAAGAUAAAUUUAGAAAAUGAAUGAACUGAAAACUAUAGGUUCCAAAUGAGGUGAAUACACAUCAAGAAGACUUUCCCACAGCUGCAACACUAAUUGAGCUCUGUGCUUGGUAAUCAAAGUUUGAACUAGACCCUGCAUAGACAUUUGUAAUUGUGCUUCUCCUUUGGGACAGUGUUUUCAAAUGUUGGUUAUGUUGCCUGGAAGAAUCAGGAAGAAUGGCUUCCCUGUACUAUCCAAGACCAACAAUCAGCCUUAACAUUGUUGUUAUUGCAAUUAUCGAAGACCUUUGUGGGCCUAACCUUCCUAUCUUCUCUAAACAAGUAUCAAUGCAUGAGUCAGGCUGAACAUACAAGGCAGAAGAUUGGUAGAAUGGGAGUAAAUGGGACAACCAAAUGAUGUCAUCCUGGAAAAGAUGUUCCGGUCCAUCCAGCCUGUCCCACACGAUGCAAUGGCUUGUGCUUUAUGUAUAGAUUCCAACCACUACAUGAUCAGCCAAAUUAAAGUCAACAAAGAUCGGAUAAGACCAGGCAAACUUGAAGGACAAUGUCAGGGAUGUUUAUCUCUAACAAUUGUACAUCCAUUCUCCCCAGUCCCACUUCCCAAGCUGCUUUGGCAUUUAACUAGUCCAGAGUAUCUCUGUGCUCCUGACAAUGUCAUGCUGUGCCUACCUUACAUUGGGGAUGAUUUCCACCCCAGCUAGAAACUGCCCCAGCUCUUUAUUGAAGGAGUUUCAUGAAACAAUGGCAGCCUACUUCAGAGGCCCACUGUUCUCAGGGAAAGGAACGCCACUGUGUGCUAUUUUCAACAGUGCAUUGAGUAAAAGAAGCUAGGUUUUUUCUCUUUAAAGCUAUUUUCUGGAUUUCAAAACAAGAAGUAGUGAAACAGUGGACAGUUAACAAGGACAUUUUUGAAGGAUUCUCAUUUACUCAUUUCCUUAGUAUAUUUCCUUUUUAAUUUGCAAAGUUGUCAUCUUCUGAUUUCUCUGCUUUAGAGGACAGGUUUGUCCCAUGCAGUCAUUUGAUAUGGUCUGUAAAGAGAUCAAUAGAUUUUUGAAGGUUGAUGAACUCAAGUGAUGUGGAGAAAGAGAUUGAACAUUAGGCAUGAUCUUACUGAAAGAUGGAGCAGACUUGAAACAUUGUAUCACUUACUCCUGCUCCUCAUUCUUAUGAUCCUAAAUCUAGCACGCAUUCAAAUAACACGUCUUUGAUCUGGGAUGAUACUUUAAUUUUCGUUAAGUUUAUUAAGGAGCUGUCUUUGAGAGUCAGUGUACAGUCACUACUACACAUUCUUUAGAUUUUUGUACCUAUUUGAUGAUAUAGCAUUUCUUUUGUCUUUUCAAUAUGUUGCACUUAGUGUUUUU